GAAGAGAGUUCCAAGCCGUCAAACCGCGCACCCUUCGCUACGAUCCGCCCUUUUUCGCAACCACCCAACCGGAACCAACCCUUUUCGUCAAAAUGGCCGCCACCGCUGUCAGACCCAUUACCGGUAUGCUCCGCCGGGGCCUCAUCCUCGACAUUGGCAUUGCCCUUGGUGCCGGCUUCGUUAUGGCCAACGCCUACUGGUACGGCUACCACAUGCCCCGCACCAACGCUCGUGACAACUACUACAAGAAGCUCGAGGAGGAGCGCGCUGCCCGCAUGGGCGCCUAAAUCGAAUCACGGACUGGGCAACCGAUGAUGAAGAACGAAGACGACCUCGAUCGAUCGCGGAGAUGAAGAAGUAACGCAAUACUUGGAGCGAUACCUGAGGAGGAGGAAGAGGGGGGAAGGAAGAAAGAAGAAUUGCAUGUUGUAUAUCUACAGACGAAGACGGAUAGACAAACAUCGGCAAUCGAGUCAGCCCGACCGACACGUCUUCCUUACUUUCUCUUCUGCCUUGUGAUAUGAGGACGAUUUAUAUAGGCCAGAUGGUGGCCGGUUAGUUUAUAGACGGGACACGACGGGAUGAUGCAAUGCAAAGCAACUGGAGAUCAAGAACGGGAUUCUCCCCGUUGGACACAAGACUAAAAUUGUAAAAGGAUGGGUAUUAGAAUAAGACAUCACUUUCUGUUCCACCAUCUAUCCUCCUUGUCGUCCUCCCUGCCCCAUGUGCGAUGAUCGAUCUGCUGCUCCUGCUCGGCCAAUGAGCUUUUGUUGCUGGCCGAUGUCGCUUUGGCUGCUGUUGCCGUUGCUAACGAUGACGAUGACGAUGUCGUUUCUGCCGCAGCCGCAGCCGCGGUGCCCUCCCAAGCCGUUGUCUCGACCGUAAAAGGCCCAUUUUUGUCCUGGCAUCUGCGAAACAAGCGCUGCACCGGCCAACACUCAAUCUGGCUCUCCCUCAACUCCGGGUCGCGUACCUGGCAGUCAUACUGCAACAGACCAAAGAGCUCGCAAUCCCGAAGCAGAUCGAUUCGUCGUCGACCACCGUCUUCCGUCUUGCGAACACGCUGAUCGGGGCCGACUUGUAUGUGGGUGGGCAAAGCCUUUGCUUUGAAGCUUUGACACGGCGG